UAAUAAUCAGACAAACUUUGAGAGGUAAUUUUUUUUUUUUUUGACAAUGAAGAAGCGAUCAUCAACAGAAGAGACGAGAGAGUGUGUGAGAUAGAGACGAAAUGGGUUCAUCACCAAACGACGCCGUUCUAGAAUCAGCCCGUCCCUUUCUCCGAGGAGAGCUAGAGAAGAUCGAUCCGAAACUCCCGUCGUUGAUCGCCGUCCUCAAAAGCGUCGGUGCCGGCGAGUGUUGGCACAAACACGGAAGCUUCUUAGAUCACCUGAUCGACAUCUACAAGAUCCUCAAGCUUUGGAAAGCUCCUGAAUCCGUCUGCCUCUGCGGUCUAUUCCACUCUGCUUACUCCAAUUCCUAUGUCAAUCUAGCCAUUUUCGAUCCUUCAACUGGCCGUGACGUAGUCCGUGACCAUGUCGGCGAAGCUGCCGAGUCUUUGAUCCAUCUCUUCUGCGUUGUUCCGAGACAGACUAUGAUUCACGACGAUCUUUUGUUUAAGUACUCUGAUCGUGAGCUCGUUGAGCAUCUUGGUUGUUCCGAGGUUUCGUUGAGGAACGCGAAGGAGAAAGGGGUUUUUGAUGGGGAUGAAGAGUGGAGGAAGAAGGUGAACGGUUUGGUUCCUGAGAACGGUGUUGCUGUGAAGCAUAUCAAGACAGGUGAAGAAAUCGUUGUUUCGAGGAGGGUCGUUGGUGUUUUCUUGCUGAUGACCAUGGCGGAUUUUAGUGGUCAGCUUUUUGGGUUUCAAGAUGAGCUCUUCUGUAACCGUGAUGGGAGGCUUGAGUUUAGAGGUAAUAACGUGACUGCGUUAUGGCCUGGGAAUGGGAAGCCUGGGCUCUGGAUGAAUUCGAAUUCCAGGAUGGGAGCUAUUUAUAGUUUGAUUGUGAGAGAAGAGGAGAUUUUGAUGGAGGAGAGGAGAAGGGCUUCAGGUUCUGGACUUGUGUUGAGAAAGGAGAGAGAUGAGGAUAUUGAGCUCGUGGUGCCUCCAGUUUUCAGCUUCUGUACCAAGGUAUUGGAUGCAAAAGAGCAGAUAGAAGCAAGGGAGAUGUACUGGGAAGUUGUGAGCAGUGACACAAGCAAAGAAGGGUACUUGGAGAGAGCAGAGGAGAUAUUGUUGGGUUGUAUUGAGAAGAACCCAUUUGUGGGAGAGCCACAUGUGUUGUUGAGUCAAGUGUAUUUGGGAAAGAAGAGAUUCAAAGAAGCAGAGAGAGAAUCAGAGAAAGGGCUUCUUCUGCUCUUGCAAUGGGGAAGUCCUUGGGACAAGAGGAUGUCAUGGGAAGGUUGGAUUGCUUGGGUUAGAGUUCUUCUCAUGAAGUCACAGGAUCAAUCUUGGCCUGAUGUUUCUUGGGGUAUCUUGAACUUGGGUCUUGUGCGCUAAUAAGAUUAUUGGUUCACAACUUCCACACUCUUAAUAAUCAAUCACGGAUAUAAUAAUGUUUAAUAAGAAAUGGGUAAUAAAGGAAUCGAUGUAUCAUGUAUGUAGAUCAAGUCUUCUUGGCAUUGGUAUAUGUGCAAUACCAUUAAACCUCUCGGUCACGUUUAAGAGUAUCGUUUCAUCCACAAAGUCA